UCAAACCUCCAACGCACAUACCCGACGGUUAGCGCCAAAAUUUCUGCCUUCGACUCCCGCGUUUGCUCUUGUUCUAUUGAGAUCUGGGAACUUAUACCAGGAGUUGAGAUGCGAUGCAAUGCGUGCUGGCGAGAAUUGGAAGGACGAGCCAUUUCUACGAUCUGUGGUCACAUCUUGUGUACCGAAGAUGCGUCCAAGAUCCUCAGCAAUGAUGCUGCAUGUCCGAUUUGUGAUCAGGUACUUUCCAAGAGUCUAAUGAAACCCAUUGAUAUCAACCCAAAUGAUGAAUGGAUAAAUAUGGCCAUGGCUGGAAUAUCUCCGCAAAUUUUAAUGAAGAGUGCCUAUCGAAGUGUAAUGUUUUACAUUGGGCAAAAGGAAUUAGAAAUGCAGUAUAAGAUGAACAGAAUUGUAUCUCAAUGCCGACAGAAAUGUGAGACAAUGCAACAGAAGUUCACAGAAAAGCUGGAGCAAGUGCAUACUGCAUAUCAGAAAAUGGCCAAGAGGUGUCAGAUGAUGGAGCAGGAGAUGGAAAGUGUGUCCAAGGAUAAACAAGAGCUCCAGGAAAAGUUUUCUGAGAAGUCAAGGCAGAAAAGGAAGCUUGAUGAAAUGUAUGACCAAUUGAGGAACGAGUACGAGUCAUUGAAAAGAUCGGCUAUUCAACCUGCAAACAGUUUUUUCCGAAAUGAACCAGAUAUUUUUUCAAACCCAACAACUAACAUGAUGGAAAACAGAGAUCCCAUUAGAAAAGAUUGGACCAUUUUGUCUCCUGCAACUCCAGGACCUAGAGAAGAUGUGUGGCCAGCAAGACAAAAUAGUAACAACUCUGGUCCUUUUGACUUCUCGACUGGCUCACCAGCACAACAAGCAGCUAUUCCUGUUGAUGCUGGGAAUAGAAGGUCCGGUGGUGGUCAUUCAGUUUUUGGAGGCGGUGCUGGCAACCCAUCAAUGACCCUAAGAAAUCUGAUCAUCUCUCCCAUAAAACGACCCCAGCUCUCUCGUAGCCGCCCUCCAUUGUUCACGUAAUGACAAACUAAACUCCAUUCAUUCACAUAGUUGACUCUUUUUUGGAAAUGUUAACAAAAUUAUGGUUUUCCAGGUUGUAGACUGAUGGAAGACUUGCUCUUUUCUGGACUAACCAAUUGCAAUGUUGGACAUUUUAUUAUGAUGAUAAGAAUCCUUCAUUUACUUUUCCGACUGCUCUUAGAGAUAAGAGGAGAAGAAAAGAAAACAGAUGUGAUUUCCGUUCCUAUAGUUUUCGUAACUUUAGUUUUGUUUGCCGACUUGGUAUAUGUUGCUUUAGUGUACUAGCAGCUGACAACAACUGUGACUCACCUCUUGUAAUCACCAUUUGCCUUUCAUAUUGAAAAUAUAUACAAGGCUAUCAAAUCUAUUCCUCCUCAGAUAA